CUGUUGUGUGUAAGUAUGCACCGGAGCAGAAUGGAGUGUGUAGAGCUAUAUAGCGGCCGUGGUGGUGGCACUACUCACGGAUGGUUUUCGGAGACAGAGGGAGAGAGAAUUGACUUGGCUGGUGGUGUGAGUGAGUUUUUAGUGAAAAGGCUGUUUAGGGAAGACGACGCCGUGUGUGAUGAGAGAGCCAUUUCCCAUUGACUCGCCAUAUUGAGCUCCUCUUCCUUCCAAAAUUGUCAAGGGCUCGAUUUCAAACCUGCUCUCCUCCUGUUCCUCCGGGGUCAUCAGCCGCCGGCCACGACCAGGACAAAAGUUCUCCGGAACACGGUCCGCUCCUCCCACCGGGCUUGUUCUGCAAUAAUCUCAACCACUAUCGUACCAUCUCGGAGCCUUCUGUCUCGACACUUCACACACUUAGCUCAACCUAUUGGCGAUCUAUAAAAUGGAUUAUAAUUGUGGGUUAAUGAUGAAGUGGUAGAUUCUGGGAAAUGCGUUUUCGUCGUUUAUUUUCUAAGCAAAAUUGUAGGACUACAUCAUCAGCGUCAUCACUUGUCAAGUAUCAACCAUCGAGCUGACAAUAAAAGUUUAGUGUAGUGUACAAUGUUGAAUGUUAAAUGUGUGUGUGUGAACAAAAUAAAUCAGUGAUGAGGCAAAGGAUUUGGAGUGCCGAUUAAGUUAACGAUUUGUUAACCAAUCAUCCAGAAGGAAUCAGAAACGGAAAAUGAGCUCACGAUCAAAGAUGGAGGACGUUGUGGAUUUAAGUGUCAAGAAAGAAAGUUCAUCAGGCUCGUCCCACAAACCCAACGCCGUUUCACCCGAGGCAAACAUUACUGGACAACAACUACAGUUGCCUCUCGGCUUGGGUCUACCCAAUCUUCCAAUUAACUUUCCACUGAAUUUGCCAUCCCUGGGAAAUCUACCUCUCCCUUUAUCGCUACCAGUACCUGGACUGUCGCAAUUGCCAGUUCCACACAAUGACCUCUCCCGAUUUGUAAGCAUGUUGAGUGGAGUUAGUGUUAACAAUUUUGCAAAGCCCGAAUCGAAAGAGGAUUCCUCUGGCAGUAGUCGUAGCAGCUCAACAGGAGGGCUUGCCCAACAACAUAUAUCUCAUUCUCAAAAUCAUCACAACCAUAACCACGCUUUCCACCUAAACCACAACCGUGGAAGUUCAGCAAGGAGUCUCGCUAAAGUAACCGCUGGAAUAAAGAGAAAGAAAGAAGACUCGGACUAUUCAAAUAUUCCAACUCGCCGAAGUUUAAGACCGAGAAUUGAAAGGAGCUACGCUGAGAGUCCGGAUAUUGUUGUCGAAUUUGAAGAGGAGCCGGUGAAAGUCAAUGGAGCAAUUAUCGCCAACGGAUGCGUUGAUGACGAAGACGAGUCAGAUAGUGAUCCUGGAGAGAUGCCCCCCUUGCCGGCAAUGAAGGAAUUGACAGAAGAAGAAGUGAAAGAACGUGAACGGACCCUUCGUAAACUGAAAGAGCAACUAAGAAAUGAAGAGAUGAAACUAGUCCUGCUUAAAAAGCUCAAGCAGUCACAUUUCAAUUCCAACUCGGAUUUGCUUAAAAAGCUUCAAUCUCAGCAAAUGAAGGAAAAUGUGUAUAUGGCUCCUGGUGCAUCUAUUCAUUCUACGAAUAAUACAUCUCCGGGUGCUACCAAUAAUAACAAUUCAUCGUCGCACCAUGCACACAAUAAUAACCAUCAACAACCCACUCACAACAAUCAGCUUCACGAGCUACAAAAUUUACACAAAUUGCACGCAGCUGGUCUGACAAUUUCAGGCGUGAAGGGCAGGUCCUCUCCAAAAUUGCAACCUGGUACAAGCAACCUCAGCAUUACAAGUGCGAAUAGGGACAAGGACCGCGAUUUAGGACUAAAUUUGGCUCAUUUGGGAAUACCCGGAUUAUUUGGUCACAGUCACAUUCCUGGUCUUGGGAAUCUUGGGAAUCUUUCAAUUCCUGGACUAAUCCCUCCUGCGCAUUCUGGAGGAAGGAAUCAUCAGAAUAAUUCUCACAAAUCAUCCAGUGCAAAAGUUUCAACAUUAUUAAAGCAACAACAACAGCAACAACAACAACAACAACAACCAUCAAGGAAUUCAAACUCUCAGAAUGUUCAAUCUUCUUCUCCUCUUAUGUUAUCACAACAGAAAUCUUCAAGCGGUGCAAUUCCAGCCCAUUUGUUGGCUCAGGCUCAACAAUCCCUACUUCGAAACUCGAGAGGAAACAAUUUAACUGCAAACAUGAUGCUAGGGUUUGCAAACAAUCCUCCUGGUGCAAUACCGCCACCGAGCAUCUCACCUGCGUCAGCCUCUGAAAAGUAUGAUCGUCCAAAAGAAGCCCAUUCGUCAUCCAACAAUUCUUUGCAGCAGUCACUUGUUGCGUCGGGUGCUAUAAUGGAUACGAAGGCGAAUUCUAAUUCGGGCAACAUAGUUAGUUUGGCAUCUGCAAACGCUACAAAUAUUAGUGGUGGCACUUUAAGUAGCAGUAAUAAUUCAGGAGUUUCUAUCACUUCCACGCUGGAGCAGGCUGAGAGACGGCACAGGUUAGCUACUGGGCCUGAAGAAAAUGAGACUCCUGCUCAACGCCAAGCUGCUGCUAAGGUGGCUUUAAGAAAGCAACUAGAAAAGACAUUGCUGCAAAUCCCACCACCUAAACCUCCUCCACCAGAAAUGAACUACUUGCCGAACCCUAAUAACUUUGAAUUCUUGGCAUUAAUUGGACUAGAAUUUGUAGUGGACUACAUUACCAAAGACCCCAACGAAACACUUUUAUCUCUUGAUCCAUUUACUUGUAGUCAGUGCAAUACUGACUUUUCUUCUAUAUGGAAAUGGGACAAGGCGAAUAAAGGAAAAGUUAUAUGUGAUCAGUGCGUUACGACAAAUGUGAAAAAAGGUUUGAAGGCUGAACACACGAAUCGGUUGAAAACUGCAUUCGUUAAAGCAUUGCAACAAGAGCAAGAAAUAGAGCAGCGAUUAGCACAGGGAGGGUCUUUAAAUGAUCUCGUCAUGAGCAACACGAAUGGAAGAAACGGAAGCACACCAUCUCCAACAGGUGUGGCCGAUAGGAGUUCUCCACAGGUUUCAUCCUCAUCAAGAAAUCGUACCCCAACCCAAUCCCCCGGGCUUACUGGUCUUUCCCUCCCUAACUUACCCCUGCCCUUAACUUUGCCUCGUGAAACUGAAAUAACACCUCACCGGGAACCCUCACAACGAGAACGGGAGCGUGAACAUAGGGAUCGUGAAAGGGAACGAGAAAUUAUGCAGCGAGAAAGAGAAAAUUCACGAGAGUUACAGAGACAACUCGUUCGCGAACAAAGAGAUAGAGAACAACGCGAACAAAGAGAAAUGGAACGCGAGCAGCAUCGUGAACGCGACCGAAAUGAAAGAGAAUCUCACAGGGCGCCACAAGUUCGAGACACUAGAUCAUCGCACGCUCAUAACUUGACACGACAACUGCAUGAGAGCCAACAGGCAUUGCAAGCUCUUCAGCAAGUUCAACGACAUGCGGAAGAGGCGGCCAUGGCUGCAGCAGUCCAAGCUCAAGCUCAACAACAACAACAACACAGAGAAAGUGGUGGGGGCGGUGGUAGUAGUAAUAGUGGUGGUGGUAGACCGAAAGGAAGUUCGAAGGUAAACUAUUUACCAGGCGUUUCCCCGUCUGUAUCCGCAUCCCACCUAUUCUUUAGAGACCCCCAAUCCCCAUUUUCUACUCUAAAUGCUAUUUUGAGUCAAAAUGCUACUGUGCCCGUGUCAGUUUCAAGUUCUAAUCAUCAAAAUCAGCAUCAAUCGCAUUCGCACAACAGCAGCCGUCGAAGUCGUCAGUCGGCCGAAGCGGCUGUUGGUAGUUCUGCAACUUCAUCAUCGUCAUCCCGAGGUCAAAAUCAGGGUCAAUCUCAGAGUCAGAAUCAAUCGUCAAUUCUUGAGCAAUAUAACCAACAAUUGAAACAAAACGACCUGCUGAAGCAGUUGUCGAAACAGCAGCGAAUGGACAGCGAGGCUGCAGCCAAGUUUAUGAGCGCAAUGGGAAUGGGAUCUGCAGGGAAUCAGACGCUGUCGAACACAGCAUUAGCCACUGCAGCAGCACUUCAAGCUGCACACCAGCAAAUGCUUCGAUUACCAUCAGGACAGGCUCAACAACUACCUGCCCAUUUGUUACCAUUUUCUCCUUUACUUUACCCAUACCAGAUAGCCAUGGCACAAGCAGCAAGUGGUAAACAAAUGAACCCUCAAUCGAUGGCAGAAAUUCAACGACAAGCCGAAAAUUUGCAACAACUUCAACGAUCAUAUCUUUUAGAUAUGAUUCCUAACUCUCGGAAUAUGCCCCAAAACUGGAAAACAUAAUGAAUGUGGAUAUUAAGUCACCUACUGUAGAAGUAAUUUGAAAAUGUUAACGUUUGUCAAUUUUUAUUACUAUAGUGUAAACGUAGUUGCAUGAAUGUAUGUAUUUCCCUAGUGUGAUUAAGAUGUAGUAUAGCCUCGGAAAUUUAUGGUAUUGCGAUUGCGCCAAAAUCAAAAUCAGUGUCUUUGUACAUGAUCAUGCACGAAGUUAUUUAAUUAACUCACCAAAAUGUUGUUUCCAUUUGUUAAUAUAUCGCGUUAAAUUCUUGCAACUUUUUAUAACGAUCCUGUUUUUAAAUAUUUUUAUUACUGCCAAACUAUGAAUGCAGUGUCUUUCGAAUGCUUUAAAAAUAAAUCAUUUUUACGUUUCUGUAUUUACAGUAUAUUUUGUACCAAUUAUCAAUGAUAACAAUUUUUGUUCCUAGUUAAGAAAGUAGUGUUACAUAAAAGAGUUGUUGUGAGAAUCUAGAACACCACAAGCGUGAGUUAGUAGGCUAUAUUAUUAUUCUAAUGGAGAAGGGCACUUAAGAGCAUGAGCAAUAAUAAUGUCCAUUGUGUACCAAGUUCAAAUUAGUCUCACAAUAUGGUAUUAAUAUUCUUCAUUUUCGUAGUAUACAUUCUAUACCUAGUAGGUAUAAUAACACACAUAUUACAUAUAAGAAUAGCGUCCUGUCUCAUGCUGUUAAAUUAUUGGCUCAAAAGACUGUUUUAUCUCUAACUGUGCUUAUUCUAAUCCUAUUACCACUUUCCUUUGAUGGAACGAAUGUUCACUAGCAUACUAUCGUCAAACCAUUCAACAACAUUGCUUUACAUUUGUUAGCGUGGGUGACGAUCUGACGAUAGUUUUGAAUUGUUCCGUAUCGUUGUUCCUUCAAUGGAAUUUUGUAUACUAAAAUAUGGCUGAUCUACGCUACCCUUUACUUCAUACCAUACCUUGGGUCGUACUAUAUCGUAUAUAGUAUGUACUUGACUUUUAAUAUGAAAACCCUCGUCUCUAUAUUUCCUAGACUCGCUCAUUAUAAAAACCCUUGAACGUGAAACCCAUGUUGUUGAAUGCAGAAGAAAUGUUAUACGAGUUAUUGAAUUUACAUUAAAUUUGGUGUAUAUUUAUAUUUGACUAUUAAUAUGAAUAAU